UGCGCGGCGUGAAGUGUGUGGGGUCGGCUGCGGGACCGUGUUUUCGCCUGUGCUCCCAUCAGAGACGUCGUCCUCUGUGCCCUGGAUUUUAUUUUUAAAAAACCCUGGGAUACAGAACACCGUUGUCAAGCGUUCGAAGUGACCUUGGAUGCAGUGGCAGCAACGCCGGAUUAAAAACCCGGGACCAGCGCGCCGGAGUUGGGGCCCCCCGUUCAGAGUGCAGUGACUUCGUGUCAAUGACCUUGGAUUGAGCACUGUUCGCCGUACCGCAAAAUGUUGCCUGCCCCGGUCGGCGUGCUGCAUAGCAAUGGCCGGCGCGUGCGGUCGUCCAGCGGGACUUUCCGGGGCGGCUGCUCGCUCAGGGACCCGAGUACCGGACAUCGCUAAGCCGCCACGUCGUCGUUGACUCCUCACCCCCUCUUGUACAGCGCGCACGCCGACACCUCUUCGGUUUGUGAUGGCAGUAUUCCGAGGUGGUGGGACAUACUGCUGACGACCGACUGUGUUUGAACGGCGGUGAGAUCGCAGCGGGGUGGCUGGCGUGCUGGGGAGCAAGAGCGUGUGACCGUGGCUGCCUGGGAGGAGCCGCCUGCGAUGCCUUUCAUAGAGGACGACCUGCUCUGGUGCCCCAACACUGACGGCAAGAUGGUCGACCUUUCGUGCCUGGACAGUGGGCCCAAUGUGCUGGUGGAACCACAGGGGGAUGUUCUGCAGGAACUGACACACACAGAUCUUCAUGGGCUGGGUAUCGAUGAGGAAGAGGAGAUCCUGCAGCAGCUGGCUGACCCCAGUUUCGAGAUCGAUGCCAUCUUUGCCGACUUGCAUGAGCCCCAGGGGGCACCGACUGCCGUUGCCGUGGCGCCUCCACCCCCAUUGCUCCAGCCACAGGACGAUGUCAAUGGCAUGAUUCGAAAGCGCCGCCGCCGCCGAAGUGACGAUGGCCCUCCAGAGUGCAGUGGACUACAGCCAUCAUUCCAUUCGGUGACUGUGAAAGUAGAGCCAGGGUUAAGUCAGGCAUCGUGUGUGAAGAGCGAGCGCCAAAAUUCAAGCACCACUAUUCACCUUCCAGACAGUACACAGGACAUCGGCAGCCCAAGCUUGACCCAACUCAGCCCAUAUGUACGAAAAGACGGAAGGGCUCCUGCGUACUACAGAGCUGGAACUAAGGCAGCAUCAUACGAGAUCACCUCAUUGGACACUAGCCCGCAGGAUGUUCGGCCCAGCCUGCUGUCUCGCUGCGAACGUACCCUCCAACGGUGUAGCCCGGGUAGAGAUUCCAAGACGUUGCUACAAAACAUUCUCCAGCACCAGCAGCCAACUUACUCGGCGCUGUCCACCCUGUGCAACCCGGCUGUCUCAUGCAGCAGCUCAGGCUCCCUCCCCCCAAGUCCUGCCGACAGCGGAGUGUCGGACGUGGACAGCAGCAGCGGAACGCUGAGCAACGACGAGUCCAAGGCACGGUUACAAAGCACCCCUGUUCCACCCCCGCUGACUCCUGAAUCUCCAAGCCCGAGCGGACUGGGCUACAUCCCCCCGUACUGCCAGACAGGCGUUACACCUCACGCAUCUCAGCACUACAGCAACCGGCCUCCAACAUCAGUUGCCGAACUGCAGCACAUGUUCCCACCCCAAGCUCACUACCGGCCGGGAGGUUCUCUUGGCUCCGUGGUGCCUCACGGGGGUAGCACCCAGGCCAGCUACCUUGAGGCAGCAGCUCUCAAGAGCCCAAGCCACACCCUCGCCUACCCCACACCUCUGGCUCAGCACCAAGGCCUGCCAUUGACACUGACCCCGUGUGGGAGCUUGCUCCAUCCACCUGGCAUACCCACCCCAGUGAUCGCUCACACACCCAGCGAAGAUAUGGGAUACUUUGUUGAGGACCUCUCUUUCCAGCCACCUACGAAAAAGAAAGGAAGGAAACCAAAAGCAAUGCUGCACGAUGCAGGGGGCCCCCUGAGUGGCCUGGCUUCCUCCUCGUCCUCGUCUUCUCUGAAGCAGCAACGCAAGAGCCGUGAAGGAUCGACCACGUACCUGUGGGAGUUCCUGCUGAAGCUGCUUCAGGAUCGUGACUACUGCCCCCGUUACAUCAAGUGGACCCACCGUGAGAAGGGUGUCUUCAAGCUGGUUGACUCCAAGGCUGUCUCCCGCCUGUGGGGCCUGCACAAGAACAAGCCCGACAUGAACUACGAGACCAUGGGACGGGCGCUCAGGUACUACUACCAACGUGGCAUCCUGGCCAAGGUGGAUGGACAGCGUUUGGUCUACCAGUUUGUCGAUGUACCCAAAGACAUUGUGGAGAUCGACUGCUCGGGGGCGUGACUGGGUGGCGCCAACACCCUGCAAGUGCAGAAUCUGGGACCCCAUGCUACGUGUCUGUGAUGAGGAGAGUCUCUGCCGGCAACCCCCUCUCCACAAGAUAAACAACCCCUACCCCUCCCUUCCUGGCCCAAACCUGCUGGAGCGGGAUUCUGGUGCAAAAGAAGAGAACAUCUGUGCGGGUGCAGAGGCCACUCCACGAUGACAGAGACAAUGGACAUUAUUAUAUUACAACAAGUGAGAGUGGUUUCGCCGCACUUCGGGCCCUCAGAACCCGCCCCAACGACCACAAGUCCCAAAUGGUGCUGCAAGCCCUUCGAAUAGCUGCUGCUUGGAACUUUGUAUUGGCCUUGGCAGUCACUAUUUAUGUGCGGUCUUGAUCGGGGCUGCUGGCUUUGCCUGCGGAGGAAGGAGUACCUGUGCUUUUUUUUCUUUUUUUUUUUUUCGGAUGGGACAUCCACUGCCUGUGGCGGCCUACUGGUGGACAGGAAUCCAUGUUUCAGAGAUAUCACAAAGCUAUUAUCGACAGAGAGGUACAGAGAGAUACUAUAUAAGAGAUAUACUACCUAUCACAGUUCUAUGUGGACACAGAAUGGUGUUUUCCUUGUGGGUGCAGACCUCAGUUAGAAGAGCUUCUUUUACCAGGGUGAGAGAUAUGAGCCAUGAUUGUCGGUCAUUGGAGCUGUCGGUUUAGUCGGACCUUUUCCAUUGCUUUAACAGGUCAACUUUGACAUACGUGUGUCAUCUUAGCACUUCAUCUGAAACGUUGCACAAUUUGAAUACACAAAACAGCCUAGCUGGAAAUCCUUUACUUUGUCCUACUUUGAACAAAAGGACACGAUUAGAGAACUGGCAACAUAUUGCUCAUACUGUAUGCUCAUAGCGUCGCUGACAUAAACAAGGCAGCUCCAAUGCUAGUAGUGCAAGAACAGUGUGCCUGCAGUUUUUACAAGUGUGCAGCAGAAGCGAUCCCUUAGCCAUGACAUUCUUCCGAAGUUCGCGCUUGUACAGCAGGUGUGAAGCAGAUUGCAUUGCUGAUGGGAGCACUCUUAGCAGUCACUGGGCAGAACAAAAGCACCUGGCACCAGAGGAAUUGUCGUGUGUUUGUUGUCGUUGCUCAGAAGGCCUGAGCUCACCAUGUCUGCGCCUGGAACAGAAUUGUGUCCCGUGAUAUCCCCUCUUUGUGCCGAUGUUUCUGGAUGUGUCCUUUGUUCGUUUCCUGCUCCACUUUGUUGUCGUGUUAGGUGCCUGGCCACUACUGGCUGACCAGUAUGGUGUUGUGUUACAAGGAAAUCAAAAUUUUAAUGAUUGGCUCCCACAUACCUACUUUACUGCAUCUCUUCACACAGGAAUGCAGUGAAUGGCAAAAAAAAGAAGCAGAAUCGUCUAAUUCAGAAAAGAAGCAGUGUGUAGCAUGGCUGCGACAUGCAUGUUUGUUGAAGGUGCUGCGUACAGACCUGAGUGUUUUGGAAACGCCGUCACAUGCCGUCCCCCGAUUGCUGGAUACAAUCCACAGCCUUUGGAAGAAUAGGUGGAAAGUGCUUUGAAGUGAAGUGCCGACAGGAAAGUGCUUGAGACUCUUUUUGAAGUGAAGGUCUCUGUGUGAGAACGUUGUUGAGUUUGAGGACGAGUCUGUUGCAGAGUUUAUAUAAAGAAUGCAUAAAGCAAAUAAAUUCUAGUAGCAACCACUUUACACAACCACAUUGUACAUAAGCUCAGAAUUAUUUGCACACGCCUCUUAUACGAGUGCACGGGUGGUAUUGGUCCCAACGUGGCAGGGGACUCUGGAAUUAUUGGGGCUAGUUUUAUUUUUUUGCUCAAAAUUCCUUAUCCAUGCGACUGCGUUCUCCGAGUAGUCUUCGGUGAAUUUCUGCCUUGUCUUUCUGGCUGCAAGCUCCAAUAACUUUUCAAAACUUGCUUGACAGCAGGCGAUCCAAAUUAAACUUGAAAACCUAGAAUUACUAGAUGUCUUAGCAAGUCCAGCUGUAGACCUCGAAGAGAAACCAGAGUCCUCGUGACGUUUUUGGGACCCCUACGGCGGCUGAGGGGUGGCCAGAAAACACCGAGUGAUCCUUCCAGUUUACAUUAUUGUACAUAUUAGCCAAUGACAUCAGAACAUAAGGCAAUGUGAACCAAUGCUGUACUAUACAGUUGUGUGCACUAUGUAUCUCAAGUCACAAAAAAAAGCAUUUUCAUUGUGGUUUACUUAAUUGAAAGACGUUAUCCUACAAGAGAAGCAGUGGGAGAGACACUUAAAGAUAUGUGUGUGCUUCACAAGGAUGUGUUUUUCUUUUAGCUUCAUCUUCGCAAAAAAAUAGAUGCCUGUACAUCUUGGGGGUCUUUUCUGUUUUGGUAACAUUGCUUCACCUGUGUCCCCCCGUUUCACUCGGCUCCGCUCCCUACACCCUUUUUUUUUUUCUUUUGCUCCAUGCAUUGUAUAAACAUGCGACAUCAGUUUUGGCAUACGUCACCUCUCCCCCAAGCGGGCAGAGACAUGGAAGUACACUUGUGAGAUUCCAUGCUUUUAAAAUAUAUUUUCAUGUGUUGUGCUUUGUACAUACCUAUGUCCUAAUAAAUUUAAUGUACUACUUUGGGAAAAA